GCUACUGGAGACGAGACACACAACAGGACCCAGAGCCAUUUUAGCCUACAUGCGCGCUCAGGAGAAAUUCGGCCUGCGGUGCUCCACAUGCGCUCCAUGCACUCUGUAGAUAAUGUGCUGUUCUGAUUUGACUUGAACCCUGUCCAUUGUUUUGGAUUAGAAAACCUAGGACAAUGCCACAAACGGUUCGGCCAUGCCAGGUUUUGGACCCUGGACAGUCUUGGAGGAUUAAGGAGGAAUUCUGGGAGAAAUUCCACCAUAAACAGAAGGCGGUGUUUGGUGGAGUGAAGGAAAUGCUUGACCUGGAGGCUAAGGAAGUGGAUGAGGCGCCAAAAAUAGAGAUCUGUAUAGCUGAGGAAGGAGUCUGCCACUCGACCCCUCCAGACUCCAUGCAGCAGUGUAAGGAUAUGUCCCUAAAGAAGCCAAAGUCUCGGAAAAGAGGAGACACCGACAACCUCUGGAAGCAUCUACGGCGCUCCAGGAAGAUGGUUUCAGCAGUCAAGCAGGGCAGUAGUUAUUUUCAACUCCUCCAGGAGCAGGAAGAGCAGAAGAAUGAAAAGAGGAGGAAGAAAGAAGAGAGGAGACGCACCGAUCUUCAUCAUCCAUCCUCCAUCUCUGACUCUGAGAUGGAGAAUGAGGAGGAGAGAUCUGUUAAUGGAGGAGUCUCCUCAUCAUCCUGGAGGCAGAACAACAAGGGGUGGGGCCAACGACUCCGCCCCUUUACUCCGGUCCACCAAUCACUGACUUCAGAUCAGCCACAGAAGAUAUCAGAGGAACAUGUGUCCCGGCAGCUGUGCUGUCUGUGCUGGUUGUUGGAGGCUCUGACUCUGGAACGUUCUGGAAAAUUCGGACCUGUGGCUUCCUGCUGGGAUGCUAAGGAUCUGGGUCGAAGCAGAAACACUCUGAAGGCUGUGAAUAGAGAGAAGUUGAUUCAGGCCAAGUGGGAGCGAUUCAUCUCUCCACCAAAGUCUCUGCGUCCUGUAAUCAGACUGUCUCGCGUCACCUCCCUGACCCACAAGUCCUCAGCCCUCAGUGCUGUGUCAUCAUCUGUGUUAACAACGUCAUUGCUAGGCAACGUGUCCUCCUGUGAUGUCCCUUUUUCAGGUGCAGAGAGCGAGUGUCCGAGCGUGGUGAUGUCAGAGACGGAUCCUCCUGUUUCUACAUACUUGCAGACACUGCUGGAUGAAGUUCACCAAAGUAUUUCUAAAGAGCUUUACGGCUCAACCACAGACUGCAGCAAAGAAACAGAUAUGAUCAGUUUUGAGACACUUGGAGCUCAAUAUAACACACAGGACAACACGGUCACUGGGAAACUGGAGUGUCACACAGCAAAAAGUCCAGAACGCUCCGUAGCCUCCACGGAUUUCAGCCAUGAGAAAGCAGCCGUGUUGGUGAAAAUGAAGCAGAUGUUUAAAGAAAGAGCUCAGGAACUAUCGCUGAGUUUAACCGACACUCUGGACAUUAAAGCCAAGAAGAGGUGGAUGAGAGGAGUGCAGAGAUAUCAGUCCCUCUCAAACAUGUCUGCCUCUCUAUGUUGUACUUCCUCUGUGCCGUGUGUCACCCCGAAUCCACAAAUACAGGGAUCCGAUGCACCCUACAGUACCCACUGGCUCUCAACGUUACUCUGCAGCCUGCCCGCUCACACACACUCGAACAGGAAGUUGGCGUGUGUGUUGGAGAAACUGAACAGUUACACACAGGAGAGAACUCUGCGCGUCCGACCACACAUCUUCUUCAGGGUCCUAAACUCCCUCCCGCCCUGGGAGCUGUGCUGUCCUGACCUGUGUGUGGCUAUAGAGUUAGUGAGGGAGAAUGCAGUGAGGAUGUCUACAGAAGAGUACGACUGCUGGCUGCGUGGUAAAAUCGACAUUCCAUAGAGUGUAAAAGACAACGGAGGAUUUCUCUAACCCGUCUGGUCCGAUCCCACAGAAGAGCUACCGUAGCAGUGUGACGCUCUGGGUAAUGUUCUGCUGGGAAACCUUGGGUCCUGGCGUUCAUGUGGAUGUUACUCUGACACGUACCACCUACCUAGACGUCGCUGCAACCCGAGUACACACCUUCAUGACGACGGUAUUCCCUAAUAGCAGUGUCCUCUUUCAGCAGGAUAAUGCGCCCUGACACACUGCAAACAUUGUUCAGGAACGGUCUGAGGAACGUGACGAAGAGUUCAAGGUGUUGACUCCGAUCUCAGUCCGAUCAGGCCUCUGUGGGACGAGUCCGAUCCAUGGAGGCCCCACCUCACAACCUACGGGACUAGUUGUACAGGAUCUGCUGCUAACGUCUCUAUGCCAGAUACCACAGCACACCUUCAGAGGUCUUGUGGAGUCCAUGCCUCGACGGGUCACAGCUGUUUUGGUGGCACAAGGUGGACGUACACAAUAUUAGGCAGGUGGUUUUAAUGUAUAUGCUGUAUAGUGGCAUUUAUUCACCUAGGAGAUGUUUUUUAUCCAAAGCCAUAAUGUGAGGCAGAAACCAAUCAGACUCAACAUCACUUCCAAAUACACUGUCGUGACAAACGGUCCUGUCACUGAUAAAUUCCUAGCGAUCAGUCGGUACACUCUAAAAAUCGCUGGGAGAAAAACAACCCAAAUGGGGUUAUUUUCAGCCCAACACCCGGGUAAAUAUAGGACAGACCACAUUUUGGGCUAAACUAACCCGUCAAGUUGGGCUGUUCAUUUUAACCCAGCGAGCGGGUUGUUUUUCAACCCAAAGGAUGGUUUCGUUUUUUACAAAAACGCUGGGCUCAUUUUAUUUCACGAACGGGUUAAUGUCUUCAGGGUUACUUUUACCGUUUGAAAAUGUCAAAUCUACCACAUUAUAAACAAAUACAUGCGUCAACAUGGUGUCUCCUUUAUUUAUACACAAGAAGGCGUUCGGUAAUGCGAUGCUAGAGCUGCUAAAGUGGGGUUUAUAUAGUACAUAGACUUCGAAGUGAAUGACUCGAGUAAGUCGUAUAUUUAAGACGAAAAGGUCAGAUUUUGAUCAAAGGAGACGUUUAAAACAUCUAAAAAAGAAGAAAAAAACCCCGAGAAGCCGACUUACGAUCCAGUGGCGUCACAAACAAGUACGCCAAAGCUAACGAAGAUAGCGGCGCAUCUACCGUCAUGUAAACUGGACUGUUCGUGCACGUUCGAGCUUUUUCUAGUGUACUGUAAUGGUUUUAUGGAUAAAUAUAUCGAUACGAACCUCGUUUCUCCAAAUAACUCUAACGGUCUGUCCGAGUGAAAACCGCUACCUCGACCUGAGGUAAAACCUACCCCAAAACUACCCAAGACUGAGAAAAUAACCCAGUUAAAUGACCCACAUGGUUCAACCCAGCAUUUGGGUAGGAAAAAAAAUAACCCAGCAUUUAUUUAUUCCUUUAAUUAUUUAUUUAUUUAUUUCUUUAUUUUAAGAGCGUAGGACUUUUUCAAUACUUGGCAUUUUAAUAUUUUUGGAGAUCUUCCAUGGGGCGAAAAAAGCUCUCGCGUUGGUUUCAUUUCAUUUACGAGGUCUCAUUAAUACUUAACAUACAACAACACCCAGUUUCAUAUUUACCCCCGCUGUAAUCUCACGAGCUCGCGAGCCCCUGAAAUAGAACGUAUAAGUGUGUUCUCGACGGACUUAUAGUCCAUCUGAGGACAGAAACACGACACUUUCCUCACACGUCCUGACGCACUUUACAUCUCGCCCAAGAGCGGAGAAGAUCCUUCGACGAGAACACGCGGAACACACAACCGUCAGGAGAUACGUCCGCUAGAGUAGGAUUGGAGUGAUAAAAGCAGAUUAAAAAUAAUCCAUCGGUGCCUUUUGCAUUCGGUCCAGGUUUUAAAGAUGACCCGAGGAGGGAUUUCAAACCGACGUUGACGAGGGCGUUAAAAAUCAUACUGAAACGUAACCCAAGACUACACCGUGCCCUGAAGGUUGAUCCUAAUUGCCUGAGGCCUCACAUGCAUGCUAGAUGAUCCACCAUCGCUAUUUUAGAUCCUAAACUCCAUAUCCAAUACCGUACACGUUUCUCUUUCCCCCUGAAUUAGUCGUUUUCGCCUCAAGACCAGUCUUAAAGAACUCGUAAAGCAGUUCGGUCAACGCUGACGGUUCUAUUUAGACCGAAUUGUCAUAUAUCUUAUGUUCCUUGAAUCAUCUGAGCAGCUGUGUGACCUGCAUUACUUCCACCUCAUUUCACCAGUAUUUCAUCAUUCCUCGUUAUUCUUUAGGCUUCCUCAUCUCGAAAGGGAAAACCGAGACAUUUUCACCCUGAAGGGGUUUUCCCUGUAUAGCGAUGGACAGAAACAGCUGGGAUCCGGCUUUUAAUUUAAGCCCGGACUUCACCGUACGGGACACGGCAGCAUCAGCAGGGACAAGAUGGCACGGACAGAAAGUCCCACCGCUGACAUGUGAUCUCCCGCCGGUGUUCUCCACAGUGAAACCAUCCCUCGUCUGUAUCUCUACACUCUCGUCACCGUCCGGAACGUACCGCGUGACGCCGAAGAGCGUGGGCCGAUUUCUCGCCGGUUUCUUUACUUGGCGAUAAAAGAAACCGCAUCGGUCGUAUUUCUUUCGUCAAAACACACAGGCAGAGUGAAACUCGCUGCGUCAGAAACCCCAAACCUCAUUUCCUGCCACAGGAAGUUCACGACUAAUUAUACUGCAGUGUGAACGCACAGAGGCGUGGCGGUGCAAAAUAAAAUGUGGAGUCAAGUCGACGGGCAUACUAUGAAAAGCGUGUUGUUAUAACAAUAAAAAAUGCAAAAACUGCGUAAAAAUAAGCUGCGUGUGAGUUUUCAUUAAGCAUGCCAAGUGGAACUCGUGUCUUUUACGCAUGUGAUGUUUUUAAAGGUCUUAUUGUUCCAUUUAGCACCGCCCUUCAGAAGCUACAUAAGCUAGCUACGCUUCCCAAAUUCAUAACAGUUUACACCGAUCAUCCUGUUCAAAAGUUUACACCCCCCCGCGCUCUUAAUGUAUCGUGUCGCCUUCUUGAGCAUCGGUGGACGUUCGCACCUUUUUGUAACAGUCGUGUACGAGUCCCUCGGUCGUCCUCGGUGUGAAAAGACGGAUCUGUAGGAAAGGGGUAAAAGAUUCUGGAGAAGUAAAGAAUGUGUAGGAUUUUUCUGAAGAACAGUGGGGAGGUUAAGUGCUCAGGACAAACGAGGAACCCGUGAAGAACUCUCACAGAACAUACACACAUCACGUCGCGGAUCAUCCAGGUAACGACACACGGGGUUAAUAAUGGAGCGCGUGUAAACUUUUGCGCUGGUUCAUUUGUGUAAAUUCAGUUAUUAUUGUGUCUUGUGGAUUAAAUCUAAAAAAAAAAAAAAACAAUGCGGUUGUUAUGAUCUCUCUUAUUUAAAUAGUUUUUAAAUUAAUUUAGCCGAUUCAGCAAACUCAACUGUGUACUGUGUAACAAGCGAAUUAGCAACAAUGUAAACAUCUAUAUAAAAUAUUUUCAAAUAUUAAACAAUCAUUAAAGGUUACCUGCAUCCUAUAGAAUUGACAUUUUUACAUAUAUUUUUUUCCCUACAGAGUAUUUUUUUAUUUUUUUCCUGCUACAUUGUUUGCAGUUUAAAGUUCAUUGUGGCUUCAGUUAUCUUCAAUAAUGUAACCUGACUACUCCUGUUUGACGAUGUUAAAUGUUUGACGAUGUUGUGCUCUAACAGCAAUCCCACCCUGCGCUUUCUUUCGUUUUAAAGAAAUCCUCUCCGCCCAGACUGACGGAUUUAGCCUGAGGACAAUAAACGGGUGUGACCAAAAAGAAAAUACCACCGUACCCGACGCUUUACAGACGGGAACAGGAAUCUGCAGUUUAUCCCUGUAGCCAAAGUACAACUGGGCUAUUGCAUAAGUUAGACUUUCAUCUCUGUGUGUGUGUGUGUGUGUGUGUGUGUGUGUGUGUGUGUGUGUGUGUGAGUGAUUGCACAGGACCAUCUUAACCUGAACAGUGUUUUACACACAGUCCCAGCUUUUAUCUUAUCUCCUAUUAUAGAGCAGGACACGUGACAAAGUCUCGCAGGGCAAUUCGACCUGUGACGAAGAGACAAAGUCGGCUGUAUUGUAUAUAACGAGCUCGUUAAUGAUUGACGAUUCAUUAUUUGCAGCUUGCCUUGGGUGAAAGUAUUUGAUAAUUGAAUAAAGUUAAAAAGCAAACGUAUCAAAUUUGACUUCAGAAUCGGAGCUUGACAUCAGAAUUAUUCAUUCACUCAUUCUUCUUCUUCUUCUUUUUAUUAUUAUUAUUAUUAUUAUUUUGAAUUUAUACAAUAA